AUGUCGCCGAGACAUCGAGAUUCAGCCCAGAAACGCAAGGCUGUUGUCAUUGCCUGUGAGUUUGGCAUUGCGGAAAGCAGGCGAAACGAGCCGGUGGCCAUCUGUGCCGUUGACUGUCUCACUGGCGACACGUUGGUCUCUUCGCUCGUUGCCCUCUCGCAGCCAAUGUUCGACUGGCGCAAGAACAUUCAUGGCAUCGACUUGCACCAGAUAAAUGCCGCAAUGAAGAGCGGACAAUGUCUUGCGGGGUGGAGAGCAGCACGAGACAAGCUGUUCGAAUACAUUGACGAGGAGACAAUCCUGGUCGGAUAUGGCAUUCGACUUCCAUUGGAGCUGCUGCGCUUUUACCACACCAACAUUGUCGAUCCUCAAGUUCUUGUCACGGCUGCGAUUUUCCCGAAAAGAAUACCGCUCAUGGGGAAAGGCAAAUAUAAAUCGCCGCUGCCCCAUGUUUGCAGUGAGUUUCUUCGAAUCACUCUCCGACAGGGCCUUCACGGGGAGGUAGGCAUUCACGAUCGGCUCGAGAAUGCACUGGCAGCCAGAGAAAUUGCUUUGAAAUGCAUCCAAAAGCCCGACGAGCUGAGAGAUUGGGCGCACCGCAAGAAAAUCGAGUUUUGG